AAGUUUUUACUCCCCCACAAUCGUAGCAAGGCCUCAGCUUUCGGUUUCGCGCCAAGACGAAAGCAGUUGCAGAGAAGAUGGGAGUGCUGUGCUUCGUGGCGGACUUGCCGACUCUGUCGCCGGAAUCGCUCCGCCGUUUGAAGCAGUGCUGGUUGCAGCUCGCCAAUUACUACGCGGUUGCUCCUCCCUCCUCCUCGUCGCCGCAAUCGCUCGCCCUCGGAGGUAGGAUCGCCUUGUGCUACGUCUCCUUCGAUCGGAUCGCCGCUUCUCCCCAUCUGAAGGUCGCUUAUAGCCCCGGGGAGAAUUUCGACCUCUGCGAGUUCCAUCGUGCCGUCAGGAGCAUGCCUGCCAAUGGCUUUCUUCCCGAUUCCCCAACUCUCUCUCGCUGUGAUGCGAAGCUCCUAAGUCUCAUAUCUGAUGAAUUUAUCUACUCCUGGUCCAGCGAGGACAUAGCCAGAAAAAUAGUUGUUCUCACCUCUUCCUUACCUCCGGAGAUGGACGCCACGCUUCAUGACUCUCUGACGGAUGCGGCGGAUAAAUGUGUUUCUGUUGAGUUCUUGCUGUUUGAAACAAGGUCUAUCCAUCUUCAGCACAUGGAGGAAAAUAUGAGUAAAUUCGUCCGAUCCAUCUCUGAUCUGGAGAACUGCUCCGUCUCAGCUUGUCUCCCAGAUGCAAGAGUUUUGGAUGGUAUGACAAAAAGAUGGCUACAAUACAUAAGAGAUCAAGUGGAAGAGUCAACGCAAGCUCGUUUUAUUUUCAAUAAUGAUCUCGUAGGCUCUGUGAACCAGAUAUUCUGCAACAUGUAUAUCUCUAGCUAUCAAAUAGUUGAUGGCUUGAGUUCCUGUCAGACAGGCAACUGGCAUGAAAUCAUCAAAGAGGAACUACUGCAUAGUAAGAUAGGGAAUAAUCUCAAAGUUGGAGAGGGAAAAAUCCUCCUUAAUCAUUCUUCAUUGGACCCCAUGAAGAGUCAGCUAGUUUAUUCAACAAUCGAUUUCAAAGUCAUUGAGAGGACAAAUUUGAGUUCUCUCAGUGAAGGUGUCCUAAUUGGAACUCCCCAUGUGGCAAUUCCAUCUGGUCCAGAGAUUGGAGCAGCCUCAUCCGGAAUUAAUUUGGAGUUAAAUACUGAACUCUUUCAAGGGCUUUGCUGGGUUUUACAAUCACUGGACCAGGGCUUGGUAUGUUCUUCAAAUUAUAACAUGGAAACAGUGAAGACCUCCAUCUUCCCCUGUUAUUAUCUACUGCAGCCUUCAGAUUAUGGACCAAUGCUAUUAAGGCGGCUGGCUGGGUUGGAGGAAGUCUUGCCAUUGCCAGAUAUUAAUAGAUAUCUCAAUUGUUCUGUGUCAAAGGAAACAGGGGGUGCCAUUAGAGCCUCUAUUCUGAAGGUUGGGGUCUUUGGCUCUUUGCUCUUUUGGAUGGAAUUGAGAGACUACAAUCCAAUCCUGCAUGACCGAGGCUUCCAUCAAAGAAUGAAUUUGCUUGUCGAACAGAGAUCAGAAUUUGGAUCACUACCUCAAGAAUCAAAGGGGACUUCUUCUGAAUCUAAAUCAAGCCAACCAAAAAUGUCUGAUGCUGCUGUUCCUGCACUUGAAGAGCUAAUGCUGGCGGUUCCAGUAGUAGAAGGGAAACCUCCACAGUCACAAACCAAGUGCACAGCUGCAGAAGAAUGGGGUCAGCUGCUUGUCAAUGAGAUGCCCAACGUACUCACUCCUACUUGUAUCUCGAAACUCACUUCGGAGUCCACCCAAGUGAUAGACCUUUCUUCAGCAGAUGGCCUUGUGCACGAUGAGGCUAAAAUAUCAAGGAUAUUAGAGAGACUGGAGGCGCCAAGACAAUCAAACCCAAGAGCAGCUUCACCCAACAUUGCCGGCAAAGGCCAUAUUGAUCCAAGUUGUUCAGUCUUGACCACAAAGAAUUCUCCACGGCUCACUCAUGCUGCCAGGCAAGGUUACAUUGGGAACCAACUGAUAAAACCCAGCUUCAAUUCGAAAAGGAAACGUCAAUGAGGAAGAGGCCUUCUUUUCUAUAAGACCGGAUUCUUUGUUCUGAUGCUGUUGAGCUUGAUCGGAUUCUCGAUUUGGCAAUUCUGAUUUCCGAAUUCAUUUGCCGUAGGCAUACAUAUUGUAACCUGAACUUGGCCCGUGCAGCAACUGAGUUGACACUGCCUCCUACUCAUGUUAGUUGUUAGGCGGGAAUACAAUGAAAGUAGGAGUAGAAUGCAC